CACCUCCCCAUAGUGGCCUCUACCUCCCUCAGCUAUGGUUUCUCCAUCCCCAAAAGGGGACCCAGCAACCUCAUCCCCUAAAGAGACCCCCAAAUCCCCAACUAUGACUCUGUCCUCACCCAAAGGGGCCCCCACUUCCCCGGCUAUGGCCCUUUCCCCCAAAGGAGCCUCAGCAACUUCAUCCCCCAAAGGGGCCCCCACUUCUUUAUCUACAACUCCUCCCUCUCCCAAAGGUGCUCUGGCAGCACCAUCCCCCAGAAGAGCCCCAGGAACCCCAUCCUCCAAAGGGAUCCCUACUCCUUCAGCUCUGGUUUCUCCUCCCAAAGAAUCUUCAGCCCCCAAAGAAGCCUUAGAAACUUCAUCUCCCAAAACAGCCCUGGCUACACCAUCCCCCAAAAAGCCCUCAGCUAUCCCAGCCACCAAAGGGGCCCCCACUCCCUCAGCUGUGACUCCUCCCUCCCCCAAAAGAGUCCCAGCAACUUCAUCUCUCAAAGAGCCCUUAGCCACCCCAGCCCCCAGAGGGGCCCCUAGACCUCCAUCCCCCAAAGAGCCUUCAGCCACACCAGCCUCCAAAGGGUCCCCUGCAGUUCCAUCCCCCAAAGAGCCCUCAGCCACUCCAGCCCCCAAAGGGUCCCCUGCAGUUACAUCCCCCAAAGAGCCCUCAGCCACUCCAGCCUCCAAAGGAACCCCUGCAGUUCCAUCCCCCAAAGAGCCCUCAGCCACCCCAGCCCCCAAAGGGACCCCUGCAGCCCCAUCCCCCAAAGAGCCCUCAGCCACCCCAGCCCCCAAAGGAACCCCUGCAGUUCCAUCCCCCAAAGAGCCCUCAGCCACCCCAGCCCCCAGAGGGGCCCCUGCACUCCAUCCCCUAAAAGAGCCCCAGCUAAAACUUCAUCCUCCAAAGAGACCCCCACUCCCUUAUCUGUGCCUUCUUCAUCUCCCAAAGAGCCCUUAGCUACCCCAGCCCCCAAAGGGGCCCCUGCAGCUCCAUCCCCCAAAGAGCUCUCAGCCACCUCAGCCCCCAAAGGGGCUCAUGGAGCUCCAUCCCCUAAAAGAGCCCCAGCUAAAACUUUAUCC